AAUUGUAAAAUUAAAAUCUGAGUCCAACCAUUCCUGUUUGCAAGAGAAUCACCAAUCUCUGCUUACGGUUCACGCUUUAAAAACAGGCCUCUUCUUUUUUUUCCUAGAGUGUUUUACUUUUACGUUUUAUUAUAAAUAAGGAUUAGGUUUCGUUUGUGAGACCUAUCCAACCAAGAAGAGAGAGCUUUGGAGGGUGAAGAGAAGUUAUUGUCUUUUGGGAGUUUUUACUCUGUUUCUGAUUACUAAUAUCUUAAUAAAGAUUUUGGUUUUUCCCCUCAGCUUCUCUCUAGUGCUAGAUUCCUUUGAAUCAACACUCUGCAGCACGAUGGCAACAAGACGGAUAUUGAAAGAACUAAAAGAGUUGCAGAGAGACCCUCCUGUAUCAUGCAGUGCAGGUCCAACAGGAGAAGAUAUGUUUCACUGGCAAGCUACGAUAAUGGGUCCAAACGAAAGUCCAUACUCGGGUGGUGUUUUCCUUGUCAAUAUCCAUUUCCCUCAGGAUUAUCCUUUCAAACCUCCCAAGGUUGUAUUCAGAACCAAAGUGUUUCACCCAAACAUCAACAGCAAUGGAAACAUCUGUUUGGAUAUCCUGAAAGACCAAUGGAGCCCUGCCCUUACUAUCUCUAAGGUGCUUCUCUCUGUGUGCUCUCUUCUCACAGAUCCAAACCCUGACGAUCCUCUCGUUCCGGAGAUAGCUCACAUAUACAAAACCGACAAGGCGAAAUACGAAGCCAUGGCUCGAAGCUGGACCCAGAAGUAUGCCUUGUUCUAAAACUCACAACUCCAGAGUUGUAACCCUUCUUCAUUCUUUGCAAAAUGCUUACAACUUCUCUUUUUCUUCUUCUUUUGGUUUGGUCUUAUUUUGUUGUAAUAAAACAAAAGAAAAGAGUGGAACGUCAUAUAUUGGUAAUCUCUGUUUUUCCUUGUUAAAUUGAGAAACUUGUUUUGUAUUAUGUUGAUUAGUGUCAUUACUAUAUUUGAUAUUGAUUCUGAUU